AUGCCAGUCCUGGGUAUAGAUGUGGGAUCAUCAACCUCAACCGUCGCAACAAUCUCAAGGGGAGCUAUUGAUAUAGUUCUGAACGAUGUAUCUCAAAGAUAUACACCAACCUGUGUAUCAUAUGGAGAAUACCAAAGAGUCUUUGGUGAACAAGCAAAUACCCAAAUUGUGUCAAAUUUCAAAAACACAUGCCGUGGAUUCCUUAACAUACUCGGCCUGAACUUGAAUUCAGAUAAAGAUGAAAAUUGGAACAUAACAGAAUUGGAUAAAUUCUUCAGCUCAACACCUCUAGUAGUAGAUGAAAAGGGACAAUUAUCAUAUCAGGUUACUAAUGCCGGUAAAACUGUGAAUGUGUCUGCAGUCUCAGCUCUGGUUGGAUACGUCAACUACCUGACUGACCUAGCCGAGAAGUACACAGGAGGAGUGUGUAGAGAAGUGGUGAUGUCUUAUCCAAGCUGGUUCUCAGAGUACCAAAAAAGUCUGUUGGUGGCGUCCGUAAGAGCCUGUGGUUCUAACUGCCUUAGACUAGUCUCGGAAGGAUUUGCAAUGGCAAUGGAUUACGGAAUGUAUAGAAUAAAGCAACUUAACGAUGAAACAGCAACAACAGUAGCACUGGUUAAUAUAGGACACUCACAUACAACAGUGGCAAUCGUUGAUUUCUUCGCAACAUACUGUGUAAUAUUAUCAGAACUCUCAGAUAGAGACCUAGGAGGAAGGUACCUAGAGUACCUUCUGAUGAAUGAAAUGUGCCAAGAAUUCAACAAAAAGUAUAAAUUGGACCCGCUGGGGAACCCAAAGACGAGACUGAAGGUUGAAGCAACAGCUUCUAAAGUUAAAAGAGUUUUAUCAGCAAACUCAGAAUCAUCAUACUCCCUGGAAUGUUUGAUGGAAGAUUAUGAUUUAAACGGCAACUUGAAAAGAGAAGAAUUUGAAGUGCUCUGCUCAAGAGAGUUCCUGCCCAGGUUGUCAGAGCUUCUAAUGUGCUCACUUAAAGUGUCAGGAAGGACCAUGGAGUCGAUAGAUUCAGUAGAGGUGGUUGGAGGGAUAACAAGAGUACCAUGUGUCCAGGCGUUGAUAUCACACGUGUUCGACAAACCAGUGAGCAAAACACUCAACGCAGAUGAAUCCAUAGCAAGAGGAUGUGUACUUCAGGGAGCAAUAAAUAGCAAACACUACAUGGUUAGGAAGUACAAUGUCAUAGAAAAGCUGUCGAGACCAUUUACAGUGACAUUUUUGCAAGGACUGGGACCCUUCUCACAACAACAAAUGCAUAAUGCUGAGAUAAUUACAGUGGCGAACGUGGGAACAAAUUACAACGAAGUCUUUACAGUCAAAGUCAAGUUGGACCCUCCGUUCACAGUUUUCACGUCAUUUGAUGACCCGAGAAUAACCUCAAAAAACCAACUCCAAACAUUCCAGUACACAUUAUCUCAAGUUACGGAAUACAGUCCCACGAGGGACAAAACUAACGAAAAGAAGGGAGAAGAGAAGAAGGAAGGUGAGGAAGAAGUGAACAUGACUGAAGUGGAGGAAUACUUAAGCAAAGUAGAGAAGGAACUUCAGCAGGAAACAGGAAGAACUAAUGCAAACAAAAAUGCACUGGACAGAGAUGCAGAAGGUUGGAUAAUCAAGUUCAAGUUUGACGAGACAGUUAAUCUAUUCUCAUUCUGUAAAGGAUUAGAUGUCAGUGUAAUGAGUCCAUUUAUACUAGAAACAGAUAAACUUUCAACCAAUGAAACAGUGCAAAAGAAAAGGGAUCUUCAUGAAACUAACAGACUCAGAACAUUAAAUGACCUAGAAACCUACGUUUACACAGUAAGGGAUAAACUGCAAACGACACAUAAAGAUUUUGUGGAUCCGAAGAAUAUGAACCAGGUCAUCGAUAAGCUUAACGAAACUGAAAAUUGGCUAUAUGAAAACAGAACAGCUACGCUAGAAAACCUAGAAAAGAUGUAUAAAACCCUAACCUCGCACUUUGACCAGGUUGAAAACAACUACAACGUUUACUUAAACAAGGAACAGAAUUUGUCAGCUUUCUUCUCAAGACUAAGUAACCUGCAUCAAUACUCAGUAGGCACUGACAAUUCAUGGCUUAACGUGCCAGAGAAUGAAAGAGCUUCAAUCUCAAAUAAACUGAACAUGUUAAGCAAUAACACCAUGGAACUUGUGGAAAGGGAAAAGAAUAUGCCAAAAUAUAACAAUCCCCUAUACACAAUGGAACAACUAGAUCAAGAACUAAGAAACGUUAAAGAUGAAAUGGAUAAACUAAUCAAGAAACAUAAGGUAGUAGAACACCCCAAAUCAGAACCUGAACCUGCAAAGGAACCGGAAGUCACAGAACCAGAAGAUGUACAGAAAAAUGAACCUGAAUCUCAAAAUCAGGAAACCGAAAUGGAAGUAGAUGAUGGUAAAUCUCAAGAAGAAAUGGCAAAAUAA